AUGGCUUCUCGGGUGCACCAGCGGUUUCCCGGGGCCCGAGUGGGCCGUUGGGGCCGAAAGCUGGUGCGCUGCGGGCAGCCAAAUGACGUGAGAGACUCCCCAAACCCCUUGGUCAAGGGGGCAGUUCGCAUAACCCGUGCUAAAGCCAGUUUCAGCAGUUUGUUCGGGGAGUCAGAGACCGAAGAGGACGAGUUCUUCGGUUUCGCAAAAGAUGGAUCCAUUUUAUCAUCCGAAGACCCCGGAGGGGGCAGGAAGAAGGCUCGGAAAAGACGAGCCACUGAGACCAGCGAUUCGGCUGUCGAAGUCAAGAAGCCGACCACGUCGAAAGAGAAUAAAAAAGCCAAGCUCUGCAAGGACUCGUCAUCAGCACGAUCCCCCGAGGACGAUCAGGAGGAUACGUGCAGCGACGAGCUCAGGAAAAUCGUUCGUUUGUACACGGAUGUCCUCCUUUCGGACUCCGAUCGAUCUCGAAACAAGAAGAAAAGGUAAGACGCUCUGCCAGCUGAAAAGGAUCGCGUCGAGAAGCUCCUCAAAGCCCAAUGGGAAGCCCGCCUGAAAAACAAUAAGCCAACGAUAUCACCGAGUGCACCUGCAGCAACGUCAUCGUCAGCGACGUCAUCUGCGAGCUCUUGCGGGAACCCGGCAUCCUCAAUCGCCGAUUCAUCGGAUCCAAGGAGCGCCGAAGUGAAGCUCGAGAAACGGGACUUCAAAGAUUCUAACUCGAUAUCGGAAUCGGGAGCAACGAGGGAGAGGGAAGCACAUCUGAAGGAAACAUUACAUUCGUCGAAACCCAAAACGAAGCCUCUGCUCCGAGAGCCUCGGCUUUGUCUGGACAAGAAACAAAGAUGCGUCAUCUGCUCCGUAGAGAAAGGAGCUGCGGGCCACCUAUUGAAAGAAUACGACCAGCUCAUCUGCAGAGUUUGCUUCCAAUUUUUCACCAAAUUUGUCCGUGUUCCUCAGCAUUUAAACUGCAACGGCAGUGCGUUGGGAAAUUGCCAGCUGCUCGUGGCGCCUCGAUGCCGGGCCUGUUGGGCGCAAUCGUGCGUCAACAACCUUCAGUUCGACGAGGACGUAAAGAGCAAGUUACAGGACUUUCUGCACGAAAAGGUCGAGAGGCAGAAGCUUCCACCGAAGGUCAAAACGGUGUUCGAGAAGCUGUCGACCGGCGUCCGUUGCAAACAGGAGUUCGCAGUCCCAAAAGUCCCCGAGUCGAAAAUUAUCUCGAACAAAGUCCAGUCGAGUCGACGGGAAGAGUGCCCGCUCGACGCGGCCAAGAAGACGUCGAGCAAAAAAGAUCUGAGAGACCUAAAAGUCAAAUCUCUCGUCCAGCGGCCGCCCUCGGCACGACGGAGGGAGAAGAAGGAGGAACUCGAAAGGGUUUCUAGACGAAUUCAUUUCGCGGAGAGGAAAGACGACAUCCGUCGAGAAGUCGAUCAAUCCGGAGUCGUACUCAGUCGGAAGAUCCGGAAUCUCCCCAAGGCCCAAGCUCGGAAACGUUACGAGAACGUCGAUUCCACCCUCGAGUAUCCGGGAAUCAAACCUCUCAACUGGAGCUCGUUGGGAGAGGACAUCACCCGUAUUUUGAACAUCGGGCUCCCAGUCAUUGUUUCAAACCAGUUGCAGCUAUCGAAUGUCGUUUUAUGUUUCGUGUGUGCUUCCAGUGUUAAACACAACCCGGCCGUUUAUUGCGCCAUGUGUUGUGAGCCGUACCACACGUUCUGUGUACAGAUUCGAGAUGUUGAGAAUAUUAAUACUAUGAACUGGCUCUGUCCCAAAUGUCAAGCUUGUUUCGAGUGCGGUAAGCGAGACAAGCGGAACCAGAUGUUGAAGUGUAACAGCUGCAGGGAGGUAUACCACACCGAAUGUAUUCCACCUGUCUACCCGUCGAAACCCAGCAAGCGGAAGAACAUUUGGACCUGCAUCAAGUGCAUUCGUUGCAAGUCGUGCGAAACCAACGCCAGAGUGAUGUCUGGUUGGAACUUCGAUCUCCAACUCUGCACGGAAUGCGUCUCGCUCCGACAGCGGGGGAAUUACUGUCCGCUCUGCGAGAAGUGCUAUGACGCGGACGACUACGAUAUCAACAUGAUCGAGUGCGCCCGCUGCAGAAAAUGGGUUCAUGCCUCUUGCGAAGAGCUGACCGCUGAGGAAUAUCAGCGGCUCUCUCUGCUCCCCCACACGGAAAGAUUCACGUGUAGACGGUGCGGCCCAAACCAGGACCAACUGAAAACUUUGCUCGCCAAGGCAACGAACGAGUUGAACGAGACCUGCGUCCGGGUGCUGAACCGGAUCCAUUCGUUGAGCCCGGCGACGAUGGCUCUCGCCGGGGAAGUCAUAAGCCGCGCAAAAUCAAAUCGAUACACGUCGUUGAAAGAGUUCUGCCACGAAAUUCUUCAAGCCGCUCUACGAGGAGGCGUAGCUAUUAAGCCCCUACGAGAGAUGCUCCUCAACCUGUUGUCGUAUCAUUUCCAAAAUUUGAACAACGACAUGAUCGAUUCGUUGCUGAUUGUUGUUAGCCCCACGAAAGACUUCAGAACGGGGGAGAAGAACUCGAAACCACCUCUUCCUGUCCUACCUCCGAGUGCCGAUCACCAUUACGCGAGAUUCGAUCCGAACAAGCAGCAAACAAUCAAGAAGGAGCAUUCGAUGGACGACGACAGCAGAAUAUGCGUGUUCUGCAUGUCGAAAGGCGACGAUCAAUGCGCCGGACGCCUCCUCUACCUAGGCUGUGACUGCUGGGGCCAUUCGAAUUGCACUCUGUGGUCCGCCGAAGUCUACCAAGACGCCAACGACUACCUCCGUAACGUUUACAUGGCCUUCUCCCGGGGCCGCUACCUCAAAUGCGAGCUUUGCAACGCCAGCGGGGCCACGAUCGGCUGCUGCGAACGGAACUGCGUUGCGAACUACCAUUUCCGUUGCGCGAUUCGAGCCGGUGCCGUGUUCUGCAAAGACAAAAGUGUUUUCUGUCUGAAGCACUCGAGGCUGCAGGGAGGAAUCGAGCCGGUGCACCAAGAGGAACUCGCCUGCGACAAGGCGAUGUACGUCGAUCAGAGCGAACUCAAGAACAGCAUCGGAAGGAAUAAAUCAUGGACUCAUGGAACGCAGCCGAUCCUCAUCCGGGCGUGCAUCGGCAGCAUGGUCAUCGAAUGUAUUGGACGAAUUGAUCUCGCGUCCGAUUUCGAUCCUGACGUUCUCGUGCCCGUCGACUUUCGGUGUCGCCGAGUUUUCUGGAGUGUGGAAAACGCACGGAAGCGCACCGAGUACGUGCUGUCUACGCGACAAGUCGAACCAAUGAGCUUCAAUGAUUUAUCGCGACACAGCGUCGUUGACCACUGUGCCCGAGCGCCACUCGUGUACGGUGAGUAGCUCGUUGUUCCACCCACUCAAGCCUAUGACGCAGAACGUGAACUCGACACGCGUUUGCUAGAAGAGCUCUCCCGCUGUGUCCACUCGUCCAAUUCUCACAUCGAUUUAACCGAGUUCCUAGAGAGUGUCACUCGAUCUCUCGAUCCUGAACUGUCUCAUCAGCAGCAGCAGCAGCAGCAGCAGCCCCUCGUGCUCCAACAGCAGCUGCUGAAUCAGCAGCCGCAACAGCAGCAGCAGCAACAUGUUCAACAGCAACACAUCGCAUUAUCACAUCAACAACAACAACAACCUCAGCUCAGUCAUCUCCAACAUCACCAACAACAGCUCCUGCAGCAACAACAAUCGAAUCUGCAACAGCAACAACAUCACCAUCAGCAACACUCUCCGUUGCCGCAAACGCUACAGCAGGAUCUGGUUGAGGGCAUACCUUCGGGGUCCGGCAGCCAGUCCGACCAUCUGAACCUCGGAGAUGUGGAUCAGGUCUUGAGACAACAUACCGUCUGUCAACCCCUGAAUAGAUCUUCUCCGCAGCAGCAGCACCAACAACAACAGCAACAGUUAACGCAGCCCCAGUCGCAACAUCAAGCGCAGGUUCAGGCUCAGCAACAACCUCAGCAACAGCAAGCCCAACAGCAGCAGCCGUCGCAACCGCAACAACAACAACAGCAAGCAGCCAUGGCUGUUGUCACCCAGAGCCCCGCUCAGAACGAGUGCAACCACCUGCAGCAUGUUCAUUCUCUGCCGGUGCAACACCACCAUCAUCAUCAUCAUGGGUGCACCCAUCAGAGGCAUGCUUGCGCUCACCAACAUCCUCAACAGCUGCAGAUUCAGGCAGCUGCACCUCGGGCACCUCUCCUGAAAAGACGUCCUGACGGCACUGUCGCCCUGAUGACAAACCAAUUGAGCACAGCGGCGCGACCAACACUGGUGAACGCUGCGCUCAUGGGUCAGACGCCGCUGCAGGUGGCAGUAAAUUCGAGCCUCCUUCAACAACAGCUGUUCCCGCAGCAGCCGACCUCGCUGUUGUCACCGACCGGGGUUCAACUGGUGCAAGCGAACGGGAAUCUCACGAUCCUAAAUCCGACCUCCAUGGUACGAGGAGUCACUGACAUAGUACGGGCUGUCGGCGAGGUUCAGACGACCCUCGCCAGCCCCACGAGUUCCAUGACGGGGACGAUCGUCAGCAAAAUCUCACCUCCAAGACCAAAAACAAUUCUGCCCAAAAUGGCCACGGUGGCAACGAAUCAAUUGAGCGCGGCAGCGACGACGACAACUCACAUCAAAGCUGCGAUUCCCCUCCAGACAAACAAAACUCUACUGACGACCACGGCUUCCGGCAUAAUUCCCACAACACAGCAGCAACAGCAAUCGACAGCGUCAGCGAACCCUCAGUGUGAGGUGUACGAAGUUCCGGGCGGAACUAUCAUCAUUCCCAAAAAAGUCAACAACCCACAAAACAAUCAGAAUCCAUUGAAUCCUCAGACCGGGGUCAGCCUCCUGGGCGGCAUGCAGUUCUUGGGUCAACAAGCCGCGUGGCCUUUCGCGACGCCGACAAUCCAGUUGAUUCAAACGCCGACAGGCCAGCAGGCCGUUGUUUUGAAUCCUUUCAUGUCCACCCCGAUGAUCUACCCCCAACUGGCUAUGCCGAAUCUGCUCCUCCCUCAGGGCGCGUUGGCCCAGUUGGUGGGUCAACAAGGACAGCGUCAGAGUUUGGUCGGCUCGAUCGGACCCCAGGGCCUCCAGAUAAUUAAUCCGGCUCUGAUUCCCAAGCUUCACGCUGUCACAGCCCAGCAGCAGAGUCAGCAGGCUCCGGCUCAGCAGCCGCAACAACGGCCGCAACAGGCCCAAGCGAUUCUGCAGACCCAACAACAGCCGUCGCAUCAACAACAGCCGCAGCAGCAGCAACAACAACAACAACAGCAAACGGAUCCUUCGGCACUUCAACAGCAGCCGCAACAACAGUCUAGUAAUUCGAUCGUGAAAUGUAUGACUACACAAGCCCCGGUGACGAAGGCAUCCACGAGCACUUCGCAGAACGAGUCUCACCAACUAUCCAUCGGAGGUCAAUCGAGUAGCCCCGUGCUCAGCACCGGGCCUUGCCUCCCCGAGAAGAGUUCACCCUCAGACGUCGUGUCGACGACGACACAAGACAUUUCCAUCGAGGACAAGGACUCUCCGCGGGGCCAUCUCAGCCUUGAGAGCGACUUGAAUACCCAGCGGCCGAACUCGAUGAAUAAUGAUCGAUAUCCCGAGCCCGACUCGUCGACCAACGAGCUCCCCCUCAUCGAACGCAUGGGAGGGUGCUCACCGCUCCCCUUGCCGGCCCCUCAGAGCCCCUUCUCGUGUUCGCCGUCGCCAUCGUGCUCACCCGGUGAACAGGAGGAGGAUGCGGACAGUAUAUUUGCUCUCUUGCGGAAGGCUGCCAACAAAAUCAUGGAUUCGGGUCUGCAGGUGGAGGUCGCGGACAGCUGCACGAACGAUGAGCAAAGUUUGUCGCAAAUCGAAUGUACUCCACUGAGUCUUCCGCCGUCUCAGCCGAUAUCCCAACCAAUGAUGUCCAUCCAACACCACUCGCCUCAACAGCAAGAGCAAGAGCAGCAGAUGAUCCCGCAGCAGAUGUCCUUUUCCAUCGAUAAGCAGGAGCCUCUACAGCAGCUGCAGACUCCAGCGCUGCAACAGUCGUUCAUGCAGUCCAACCAGCAGCUGCAACCGGCACCCGUGGUCAGUAACAACACGGCGACGGUUAAUCUCCCCAUCGAGGCGACGGCGGACGACUCGCAGAUGUUCCCUCAGACAUCACCGAAGUCCACCACGCAUCCGGUGGACGCGCCCCCCGAAGACCGACCCUACAUCGUGUACAGUCUCGAGAGCAGUGACGGCGCAUACAGGAACGAGUCUCACAACGUGAACACGUUGUGGAAGGAUCUCUUCGAGAAACUUCAGCAGGCUCGGAUCAACGCUCAUCUUGAUCCCCUGCCGCUAGAUCUGUCGGAAAUCGAUGGCUACUCGAUGAUGGGCUUGCGCAACACGCUGAUCAGCCAGCUGGUGGAACAACUGCCACGGGCCGACGAAUGUCUGAUCUAUAAAGCGAAGCACUGCAAGUGGCGAGGUCUCUUCAAGAACCCUUCCGGAUGCGCUCGCAUGGAGCCGUUCGAUGGACAGAGAUCCGAUCACGAUAUGUUCUCGUGGCUAACCUCAUACCACAGGCAUCCCCCGAGGUUCUCGUCACCUACUUCGGACCAUGAUGUCACUCCCACCUGCUCGAAGAGGCAAACUUCUCUGGAUCUGCCCGACGGAAUGCGCUACCGGCAUCUCAAGGAAACAACAAAGCAAGUUGCCGGAGUCUACCGCUCUGGCAUCCAUGGCAGAGGGCUAUACUGCAAGAAGGACAUCGCCAAGGGCGAAAUGAUCAUCGAAUAUGCGGGCGAAGUCAUUCGAGCUUCGUUGUGCGAUCGCCGCGAGAAAUACUACGAAGGUCGGGGAUUAGGCUGCUAUAUGUUCAGAAUGGACAACGAUGAAGUAGUCGACGCGACCGUGAAGGGCAACGCGGCUCGCUUCAUCAACCAUUCAUGUGAUCCCAACUGCUACUCGAAAAUGAUCACGGUCGACAACAAGAAGCACAUUGUAAUCUACGCGCUGCGAGAGAUCCGCACUGGCGAGGAGCUGACAUAUGAUUACAAGUUUCCCAUCGAAGACGACAAGCUGCACUGUACUUGUGGCUCGAGGAGAUGUCGUAAAUUCAUGAAUUGA